AUGAUCGAGACCAAUAAUAUAUUAUCCAAUCCAGAAGAUCAAUUCCUUGUCGGAGAGGGAACAUAUGUGCUCACAGAAGACUUACUCCUUGCGACACCUCCGCCUCAUCCUUCAGAAGCCCCCGUUAUCAAUCCUAACCCGCUCGCCACCAACCCACAGCCCGCUACCGCCGGCACAAAAGCCUCUCUCCUGAAUCUUGAGGCACGCCAGCCUCCGCCCGCUUUCUAUAAACUCGCCGCCACAGCAACCUUGACCGGAAGCAUAGCCGAACAUCCCAACGAGUGGAGGCUGUCUAACGACGCCAAGGUUAGCAGUGAUGGAGAUGGUCGAGAAACAUCAGUCAGUGAUGUCGGGGCCCCGGGUUCUGCCACGGCAGUGUCUGCUCCGGCGUUUGGUGACGGAAACGCGCUCCUCGCCCCUGAAAGGUUCAAGGACCCGAACAAGCGCCGGAAGCCGAAGAACAAUAUGACCAAGAGCAACUCAUCCUUCAUCUCGCGCGUUAUAAUCAACGAAACAUUUUCCAAGAAAAUGGCCGACCGGCCCAGCGAUGGUACCUUUGUAUUCGCGAAUAUCAACCGUGCUUUCCAGUGGCUGGAUCUAUCAUCCCCCUCGAAAGCUGAUUACUUAACUAAGAUCCUCUUCACCAAGGCUCAUUGUCUUAGCCACGAUGUCAACCAAAUCACAAAGAGUACUGGCCAUAUAGAUGUCAUUAUGGGGUUCUCUACGGGUGAAAUCAUCUGGUGGGAGGCAAUGUCUCAGCGAUAUACGAGACUAAACAAAAACGGCGUUAUCAACAAGACUCCGGUAUCACAGAUACGCUGGAUCCCCGGCGCUGAGAAUCUUUUCUUAGCUGCACAUAUGGAUGGCUCGUUGGUCGUUUACGACAAGGAGAAAGAAGACGCCAUUUUCAGCCAGGAAGAAGAGGAGGCUCAGCAGGAGACUGAUAAUACGUCUUCCACUAUCAAGCCUUCAGAUAAAAUAUCAGUAUUGAAGUCUGUUCACUCGAAAAAUCAGAAAACCAAUCCAGUUGCUAUCUGGAAACUCUCCAAUCAACGAAUUAAUGCAUUCAGUUUUUCCCCAGAUAAUCGCCAUCUAGCUGUUGUUUCAGAAGAUGGGACGAUGCGGAUCAUCGACUAUCUCAAGGAGGAACUACUAGGCCUGUAUAAUGCGUACUAUGGUGGAUUCACCUGCGUCUGUUGGUCUCCGGAUGGUAAAUAUGUCCUGACGGGAGGACAAGAUGAUCUGAUUUCUAUCUGGUAUCCGCAAGAGACUACACUUAUAGCACGAUGUCAAGGACACCAGUCGUGGGUGACAUCGGUUGCGUUUGAUCCGUGGAGGUGCGAUGAGAAGAAUUAUCGUUUUGGCAGUGUAGGCGAGGACUGUCGACUUUGCUUAUGGGAUUUCAACGUGGGGAUGCUGCAUAAACCCAAAAUAUCGUCGCACCGACAACGCGGCUCGGUUUCGUCCCGUGUACCAACGCUGCACCGCGCCGAGACCCAGAGGACGUCAUUAGACGGUGAUGAUGUAGGAAUAAGCAUUAAUUAUCCUGUUGAGCCGCGGUCCAAUGUAGCAAUACUGCCGCCGGUAUUAAACAAAGUCGCCGACAAAGACCCACUAAGUUGGAUCGCAUUCACUGAAGAAUCUAUCAUGACAAGCUGCAAGACUGGGCAUAUCCGAACCUGGAAACGGCCAUUAGAUUCGCACGCAUAA